AUGACCUCUGACCUCACACAGAGAGUGAACACUGAUGAUCAGGGUAAUGAUCACUAUGCCAAUGUUCAGUUCAGUCGCUCUAAGAGAGAGGAAGUGUCUCUGUACUCCAACAGAGCUCACCAUCAACAGCCUGGCAAACAGGAAGAGGAUGUGCAGCUUGCUCCUGUGAACAUCAGCCAAGCCAGUGCUGCCACCCAAGGGUGGGCCCACGAAAGGGCGACCCCACGUGGCUCAUUCGGGCUGAGCCUGGCUGGACCUCUUGGCAUGUCUGGCCACAACGCGCUCACCUACGAGCUCCCCUACCAGGCCUGGCUCCAGAAGGGGGCCCCGGUCUCCCUAUUCCAGGCGAGCCUUAAAGACCAUAGAAGUUUAAGAACCCUGGACAGCAUCCACAUGGAAACACAGCUGCAGAUCAGGGAAGUCACUCUGGAGAAUAAUUAUGUCAUGUCUAGACUGAGCCAACCACACAUUUUUCGUGUUGUGGGUCAGAGUGUGACUCUCCCUCAGAAAAACAUCUGUGCUCUUAAAGGGACAGACGUGGACAUUCCCUGCACUUACACAGUGAAUGGUUACACAGUCCAAAGUAAAGGGUGGUACAGGACUCAAACCUCUGGAGGGUGGGGUAGAGAUCUGAAAACAGACCCCGAGUACAAGACACGUGUGGAGUAUGAUGACCAUAGCUGUGGGCUGAGAAUCAAAUCACUGAGACUGAGUGACUCUGGAGUGUAUAACUUUAGAUUUAAAACAUGGAAUAGUGACUGGAUAUCUGAUCCAUCUGGGGUUAAGCUGUCUGUGACAGGUAUUGAAAAGAGGUGCUGGAGUGUCACUUACAAUCAUGAGAAUAUUUGUGCUUUGAGAGGCUCAUCAGUGGACCUGUCCUGUUCUUACACAUACCCAGCCUGGCACACAGUGACUACAACUCUGUGGUUUAAUAAAUGGCAGUACUGGGUAGAGCCCACAGACCUGAGUCUGGAUGAAGACUAUGAGGGUCGUGUGGAGUUCAGAGGAGACAAAAAGAGUGACUGCACUCUGAGAAUAAGAGAUCUGAGAGAGAGUGAUGCACGAAAUUAUAAAUUCAGAUUUUUGACCAACCAGGAAGGAGGAAAAUAUUCAGGUGCAAAUGGAGUCAGUCUGUCCAUAACAGAUCUAAAGGUGGACAUCCAAUAUGGUUCUCGGAAACAGUCAGCAACACUGACCUGUAAAACAUCCUGCUCUCUGAGUAACAACCCCACAUUCAUCUGGUACAAGAAUGGACAGCCUUUACCUGACAGAUACACCCAGAGAACAGACCUGUACUAUGUUAACUCUGUGGAUGAUGGCAGCUACUCCUGUGCAGUUAAAGGAUUUGAGGGAUUACGUUCUCCUGCAGUUUGUUUUCUCCAACAGAAGUGCUGGAGUGUAGCGUAUACAAAGUCAAACAUUUGUGGAUUAAUAGGUUCAUCAGUUGACAUCCAAAGCCACUUCACAUACCCUGACUACUACAAAGUCACAAAAACUACAUGGUACAUCAGAAGAAACCCUAAUCCUAAGGAGCUGAGUCAAAAUGAGGAGAAGGACCACAUGAAGUUCAUUUGUACUGAUCAUUCAUGUUUACUAAGAGUUACACAGCUUAGAAUGACCGACUCAGCAGAAUAUUUCUUCAGAUUUGAAACAUCUCCAUCAACAUAUUACAACAGUACAUCUGGAGUCAUUCUAACUGUUACAGACCUGCAGGUGACAGUGAGUCCUGACACAGUGAGAGAGGGACAGAGAGUAACACUGACCUGUUACACCACCUGUACUCUGAGUAACAACCCUACAUACAUCUGGUACAGAAACAAUCAGCCUGUAACUAAUAAACACACCAACAUCCUGUAUCUGGAUUCAGUCAGCAGUGAGGAUGCAGACAACUACUCUUGUGCUGUACGAGGUCAGGAGAAUCUCCGCUCUCCAGCAGUGUAUUCCCCAAAAAACACGAGAGUGUCAGUCAGUCCCUCUGGUCAAGUAGUGGAGGGCAGUUCAGUGACUUUGACCUGCAGCAGUGAUGCCAACCCACCAGUUCACACAUACACCUGGUAUAAAAAGGAUAAUGGGGCUGAACCCUCACUGAUGGGAUCAGGACAGAACUACAGCAUCACUAACAUCAGCUCUGAGGACAGUGGACAGUACUACUGUAGAGCUGAGAACAGGAUUGGAAACAGCAGCUCUACUGAAAUACACCUGAAUGUAACAUGUGAGUACAUCAGAAUAUUGACUGAUCCACAAAAGUAA